AUGAGGGGAAUCAUCCUAGCACUACUGCUCGCACUAGCGAGUAGUGACAAGUCACAAAAUGAACAACUCUUAAAUCCCGCCAAGACCUAUGUUUACGUCUAUGAAGGAAUUCUCAUGAACGGCCUUCCGGAAAAUGGACUUAACAAAGCUGGUCUGAAAAUAGGCUUUUCGGUUCAACUCGGUAGCUAUGGUCAAAAGGAGUUCCUUGCUCAGAUUUCUAAUGUUGAUGUAAAGGAAUAUCAUGGCCAGUGGCCCAGAGAUCCUUUCACUCGAUCCUCUAAACUGACCCAAACCCUUGAAGAUCAGCUCAAGAAGCCUUUCAAGUUUGAAUACCACAGUGGUCGUGUUGGAGACAUCUUUGCUGCAGAUGGUGUGUCAAGUACCGUGGUCAACAUCAUUAGAGGAAUGCUCAGUAUGGUGAAUGUUCAAGUCAGGAAAUCACAGAAUAUUUAUGACCUGGAAGAGGAGUGCCUUGCUGGAAAAUGCCUGACCAGGUAUUUGAUCCAAAAAGAUGACAGAAAAUCCAACUCUAUCAUUGUUAUGAAAUCCAGAGAUCUUGACAGAUGUGAGGAUCGGGCAGUAAAGAGAAUUGGAAUGCCCUUCGCGGAGCCUUGCAGAGCAUGCCAGCAGAAAUCCAGGCACUUGCGCAGACUGCAGACAUUCACCUAUAGAUUGAGAUACAAGGGUCAUGAGGCAAUCAUUGAGGAAAUCCGUGCCAAGGAACAAAUCCAAUUUGCCCCAUUCCAUGAGCUUUAUGGAGCUGCAUUAACUGAAGUCAGACAAGUUCUUACCUUGAAAGAAAUCAAAUCCAGCAGCAUGAAGGAGCCUCGCUCACAAUUGGAUAACCGUGGAGGAUUAAAAUACCGCUUUGGCUCAGAAGUCUUCCAAAUGCCUGUUCACUUGCUAAAGUCUAAGAACCUUGAGUCCCAGAUUUCAGACACCCUUCAAUACUUGGUCCAGAAUAACCAGCAAGAAGUCCAAGAAAAUUCUCCAGCCAAAUUCCUGCAACUGAUCCAACUCCUGCGUGACACAAGCCCUGAAAAUCUUCCAGCCCUGUUCAAGCAGUACUCGGACAGACCCCAGUUCAUGUACUGGAUGAUAAAAGCCAUCCCCCUGAUCGGAACACCUGAAGCUCUCAUGAUAGUCAAGAAGAACAUCCCCAACCAAAGUGCCCAGGAAGCUGCCUUGGCCAUCACUCUUGCUAUGCAGUACACAAGAGCCAGUCAGCAUGCCAUGCAAAAUACACUUGAUCUGCUGGAAGAUUCCAGGGUUCAAAACUCACCAGUGCUACACAAGGCAGCCUUGUUGGGCUAUGGUUCUAUGGUCAAUAAAUUCUGCACGAUUUCUGAUACUUGUCCUGAUUCAUACAUGCAACCCCUCCAUGACUUUGCUGCUGAAGCCGCCAACAAAGGCCACAUUCAGCACAUCAUAUUGGCAUUGAAGGCUAUGGGCAACGCUGGUCAGAUUGCAAACAUUAAGCGUAUCCAAAAAUUUGUGCCAGCCUAUUCCCCCAGUGCUUUCCAACUACCAGUCAGGGUUCAGGUUAAUGCUGUGAUGGCACUUAGGAAUGCUGCCAAGAGGGACCCCAAACGAGUUCAAGAAAUUUGGUUGCAAGUGAUACUGAACCAACACGUUCACACUGAAGUGCGCAUGGCAGCAGCAGCAGCCCUGUUGGAGUCCAGGCCCUCAGCCGCUACUGUGACAACGCUGGCUCUUGCCAUACAGAAGGAAAGUAAAGCUAAUCUGCAGCUGGCUAGCUUUGUCUAUUCUAACAUGAAGUCUAUGACUAAGAGCACCGUGCCAGAGGCCCAUGAACUGAAUGCAGCCUGCAAUGUUGCCAUUAAGAUCCUGAAUCCAGCCUUGGACAAACUGAGCUGGCGUUACAGCAAAUUCCUCCGAUAUGACACAUUUAACUAUCCUCUGAUGUCCGGUGCCACCAUCAACAUCAUGAUGAUGAACAACCCCACCACCACUCUUCCCGUCAAUAUAAUCUUUAAACUUAGAGGUUACAUUGCUGGAGGUGCUACAGAUAUUGUUGAGUUUGGCGUGAGGACCGAAGGACUUCAGGAAGUUCUGAGAAAACAAAACAUUCCUUUUACCGAAUAUUCCAUCAGUAAAAACAUCAUGAAGAUCCUCAAAGCUCUGACUGGAUUUAGAUCUCUUCCUUCAGAGGUACCUCUAAUCUCUACUCACGUUAAGGUCUUUGGUCAGACGAUCCACUACGACGCAGCCACCAGAGAAACCAUCCAAAAUGCCUUCAAGGCUGUGAAUGAACCUGCUGCCCAUUUCUCCAUAAUAAGGAAGAUCAUUAAGAAGAUCCUGGGUGGACUUAUUGGACAGUGGGCUUACCCAAUGCUGCUGACAGAGGCCAGACACAUCGUGCCAACCUCCAUGGGUCUUCCUCUGGAGAUGGCUCUACACUCUACCGCUUUAGCUAGCGUUGCUGUUAACAUUGACAUGAAGGCCAACCCAACCCCAUCAAGUGAUGUGAGUAUUGCUCAGCUGCUACAGUCUGCAGUCCAGAUCCACGCUGACCUUUCCCCCAGUUUUGCAGCUCAUGCUGUUGCAACGAUGGGAGUCAACACAGCCUUAGUUCAGUCCGCAGUCGAAAUUCAUGCGCACGGCCAGGUAGCCACCCCGGCUAAAUUAAAUAUCAAGUUUGAUGGUAGAGAGCAAAAUUUUAAGAUUGAAACUGAACCGGCCAGGCAGGAGAAGGACAUUGUAACAUUAAGAACUCAGUCAUUUGCUGUAUCCAGAAACGCUGAAGAGUUGGAUUCUGCCAAAAAGACUCCAAUUGUACCUAAGGGAGCCGGACCCAACAUCCUGCAGAAACAUUUCGAGAAAUCUGAGAAGUCCUCUGCAGAAGCUGCAAGCAUGAUGGAGGGAUCUUCUGAACUGACAGCUAAGAAAUUUGCUUAUCCUGGAGAGACCGGACAACACCAGUAUGCACAUUCACAGCGCUUCCACAUAUGCAUGAAAGUCGCACAUUUUCCUAUGAAGGUCUGCCUCAGUCACAGAGGCUGUAAUGCUGCCAGCCAUAAGCACACCCGCUUGUAUCAGCUUGUCGGUGUACAUGAGGUCAAGUUAACUCUGAAACCAGGUCAGAAGGAACCAGCCAUUGAGAAACUGCAACUGGAGUUUACUGCUGGACCCAAAGCUGCCUCUAAGAUAAUUGCCCUGACUGAUCUGCAAGAGAAAGAGGGAGAACACAUGGAAGAAGCUGAAGUCCUGGCAAAGUUGAAGACCAUCCUUGGCAUUGAUAAUAAGUUGAAGGCAACAAAUACAAGCUUGAAACAAAUUAAAAGCAAACAUCAUCAUCAAAAAAAUAAAGACAUUGUUGAAGCAAAGAGAACAAAUAAACAGUCCAGCAGCAGCAGCAGCAGCAGCAGCAGCUCCUCUGGCUCCAGUUCUUCUUCCUCAAGCAAUGCUCAAAAUUCCAAUAGCAGCAGCAGCAGUAGCAGCAGCAGCAGUGCCGGCAAGAGCAGCAGCAGUAGCAGCAGCAGUGGUCAUCAUAAAGGACACAAACAUGGCAAGAAGAGCAACAGCCACAGCAGUAGUAGCGGCAGCAAUAGCAGUAGCAGUAGCAGUAGCUCCAGCCAAAGCAGCAGCAGCAGCAGGAAUUCCCGCCAACAACACAACAAGCAGCAGAACUCUCAGCAGCAAAACAAGCAGUCAAAACAGAGGUCACGCCACUCCAACUUGGCCAACAAUGCUGACAAUGAAGAGGAUUCUUAUGGAAGGAGCGUGACAUCACACUCCCCUAGGGACUCCCUAGACAGCAGUAAGGUGGAACUUUAUCAGCUGCGCUUUAGAAGACCUCGUGGAGAGAUUAUAAGGACAGCAUCCGGUCAAGCUCAUUCCAGCAGCAGCAGUAGCAGCAGCAGUAGCAGCAGCAGUAGCAGCAGCAGUGCAUCUUCCAGAAGACAUCAGCCUCAUGCCAGGUUCCUUGGAGAACACAAGACUCCCAGCUGGGUUGUCACCGCUCAGGCAGUCAGAUCUGACAACAAGAAGCAAGGAUAUCAAAUAAUUAUGUUCAAUGACUAUCACUCAUCCAAGCCCAAGAUGCAGGCCUACGUGGUGGACAUCACUAAAGAGAGCCGCUGGAAAGCUUGUAUCAAUGCAGAGGUUGAAAACCAACAUCAAGUCCAGGCUGAGGUGAAAUGGGGUCAGAACUGCCAGCAAUACAAGGUUGUCUUCAUGGCUGAGACUGGACGUUUUGGCACCCAGCCUGCAUUGAGACUGAAGGUUAACUGGCCAAGAAUCCCAUCCAAACUAAAAUCCAUCGGACAAGUAACAUCAAGAUUCAUCCCCGGAGCUGCCUACAUGCUAGGAUUCUCCCAAAAAUUCCAGAGAAACCCAUCCAGACAAGCCAAAUUCGUCUUUUCUCUCAUCAACCCCAGAACCAUGAAUGUUGUGAUGAAGGUACCACAGGUCACUCUGUAUUAUGAAGCCGCCAACUUGCCUGUCCCCAUCACCGCCCCCUGGAAGGCACGAGCUGCUGACAUCCAUGUUCCAACCUGGAACGUGUUCGCUGAUAUCCACAACACCAUAGCAGACAGGCUUCAAGGACGUUGCUUAAUAUCCAACAACAUGGUGACCACCUUAAAUGAUGUUAGCUACCAAUACACAAUGCCUGGAAGCUGCUCUCAUAUCCUCGCUCAGGACUGCACCGAUGAAUACAAAUUCCUGGUGAAGGCCAAGAACUCCAUUGAGAAUGCAGAACACAAAGACAUCAAUGUGCAACUUGGAGAUUUCAACAUUGAUCUAUACUCAAAUUCCGGAAUUUCCACGGUCAAGGUUAACGGCAUUGUAAUUUCCAAACUGCCUUAUGAGCCAAGUCAAGAUCUGAAGAUGGAGGAAGAAGACGGAAAGAUUACACUAUCAGCACCAGAAUUCGGUAUUGAGAAGCUGUACUAUAAUGGAAAGUCCAUUGAGGUUCUACCUACCUCCUUUAUGAGAGGCAAGAUGUGCGGUCUCUGUGGUCGCUAUGAUGACGAGACAGAGCAAGAAUUCAAGAGGCCCGACGGAUCCGCAGCAAAGGAUGCUGACAGCUUUGGCCAUUCUUGGCUCUUGGCAGAAGAAGCCUGCUCAGGAACUUGCAAACUUGAUCGCUCUUUGGUGAGGACUGAAAAACCAGAACAUGAGGAUUCCAAGUGCUAUUCUAUCCACCCAGUUCUGCGUUGUGCCGAGGGCUGUACCGCAACCUCCACCACCCCCGUCUCUGUUAGCCUGCACUGCCGCUCUUCUCCCACAGAACUGGAAGAAGGCCGGGACCUGGCUGACAUGCCUGAAGAUGCCACAGAGACCUUAGACGCUCAUACAGCUUGCUCCUUGAAUGCCUAAAGUGCGCCAACCUAAUUCC